AUGGUGGACGUGGAUGAUGUGGUGAUGGGGGGGGCUGCUGAUACCAAGCCUGCCGCGCAGCAAGCGCCGCCGGCCAGGCUGCAGCCGUGGGUGGAAAAGUACAGACCCAAGACGGUGGAUGACGUGGCACACCAAGACGAGGUGACGAACACCUUGAAAGGCGCGAUCGCCACGGGGGUGCUCCCCCACCUGCUGUUCUACGGGCCGCCCGGCACGGGGAAAACGUCGACGGCACUGGCGCUGGCGCGGACGCUGUUUGGGCCCGACACGUACAGGGACCGAAUCCUGGAACUCAAUGCGUCGGACGAGCGAGGGAUCAAGGUCGUCCGCGAAAAGAUCAAGACUUUCGCACAGGUUGCGGUCGGGAGAGCGACGCACCAGGCGGGGUACCCUUGCCCACCGUUCAAGGUGAUCAUCCUGGACGAGGCGGACACGAUGACGCCGGACGCGCAGUCGGCGCUACGGCGUACGAUGGAAACCUACUCCACGGUGACGCGGUUCUGCCUGAUCUGCAACUACGUGACCCGAAUAAUCGAGCCCUUGGCGUCCAGGUGCGCAAAGUUCCGGUUCAGCGCGCUAGGCCAGGGGGCGAUGUUGGAUCGGCUCAGCUACAUAUCACGGGAGGAGGACGUUAAGAUUGCGGCGGACGGCCUGCAAGCCAUCGUUGACCUCUCGGGGGGGGACAUGAGGAAGGCAGUCACGGCUAUGCAGUCGGCGUCGCAGUUUUACGCCGGAGCAGAGGUGACGCCUGAAGUCCUGGUAGACAUCGCGGGCAAGAUUCCCGCCGAGGUGAAGGAGGCGCUCUGGUCGGCCAUCAAGUCCGGCUCGUACAACAAGAUUGUGGCGGCGGUCGACGACUUCAUGAGCUCCGGCUACCCUCUCAGCACGCUACUGGAGGACAUGCAGGAGGCGACGGUGGCGGACACGACCAUUCCCGACCACAAGAAGGCCGACAUCUGCAGGCGCAUCGCGGAAGCCGACCGCUGCCUGAUCGACGGCUGCAACGAGGAACUCCAGCUGCUGGACCUAGCCUCCGUCGCUGCACGAAGUUGCUGUUCCCAGUAGGCAGAGGCGGCGCGCGCGGUUAUUGGCCCACGAAGACUGUGUAAACGGGUUGCGGCUCUCCCGCCGUAGAGCACUAGUUCGUGGUAUGAGUUGCUCUUUCGGGAAAGCUGGAGAAGAAGCGCGUGGUUGUUGACUCAUCGACUGCGUUCGGACUACUCGUCCCAACGUCGUAGAAGGGACGUUUUUGUUAGCGUAAGGACGACGUGUUUUUUACAAUGUACCCCCGCCAGAAACAGCGGCACGUGGUUGUGGCUGAUGAAGUGUAAGUUCUUAUCCCCAGUAGAGACACUGCGUGGUCGCCUUACAACCAACGUGUGCGUGAACCACAUGGCAAGAGCCGGGGGGGUGGUCGGCUCUGAACGCAUGCCGGCCUGUGGUGGUGUACCCGCGGGGAUGGAUAAUAUCUACGAACGAGCGUCUCGCUGUACACUCUUUGGUUCGCCUGCAUCGGACCAUGAUGCAGAGCGGAGUGUCGAGUCAGUGCAGUACGUGACCUUGCUGAAGAACACCAAACAAGUACUACGAUGAGGCAAACACAGUUAGCUGCAAUUGCACAAAACACUUGAAGACUUACUCGUGGGGGAGAAUAGGGACAACGGUUUUAGCGAAGUGAAAUGCGUGGACUAGAACCACCAUCACCUCGCUGUGUUUUCAACCCUAAACAAGUACACGUU